AUGAUGGCUUACAAUUAUCUGAAGCCCGAUCCCCCACAUCCGGACUCCCGUCCACGGGCGGUCAGCGAUGCCGACACUAUCGCCGCUGACGGGACCAAUCCCUUUUUGACCCCAUCUGGCACGACAGCUGUGCCCAGCGCGGCUCCAAGCUUCGUUCUAGAGGACCCAGACAUUGCCUUGCACCCAGACCCUGGUACGGAGAGUGACUUCCGCGUCGAUAGCAAUCCGUUUGCCUUUUCGCCUGGUCAGCUCAACAAAUUGCUUAAUCCCAAGUCUCUUUCGGCAUUUAGAGCACUUGGAGGUCUGCAAGGCAUCGCACGAGGCAUCCAAACUGAUGUACGCAGUGGCCUUGGCGUGGAUGAAACGGUAGUUACCUCGACAGUCACCUUCAACGAAGCCGUACACAGCUCGGCCACUCUCAACCCCAAAACAGCACUAGAAUUACAUCCGUCCUCACCAUCGUCACCGUUCGCCGAUCGUACUCGUGUAUAUGGUCGAAAUGUCCUGCCUCCAAAGAAGGGCAAGUCAAUCUGGAGGCUCAUGUACAUUGAGCUCAGUGAAAAAGUCAUCAUUCUAUUAACCGUGGCUGGAAUUAUUUCCUUGGCGCUCGGCUUAUACGAGACACUUGGAGUUGAAAGACCUGCCGAUGCGCCUGCAUCCGUUGAUUGGGUCGAGGGAGUGGCGAUUCUUGCUGCUGUCAUCAUCGUCGUUAUCGUCGGAUCGCACAACAACUGGCAAAAAGAGAAGGCAUUCGUGCGCUUGAACACCAAGAAAGAUGAUCGCCAGGUCAAGGUCAUUCGAUCUGGUAGAUCUGUCAUGAUCAAUGUCAAUGAAAUCCUUGUUGGAGAGGUUCUUCAUCUUGAACCGGGCGACAUGGUUCCUGCAGAUGGAAUCCUGAUCGAGGGACAAGACGUAAAGUGCGACGAAUCCUCAGCGACCGGAGAAUCCGAUGUGUUGAAGAAAACCGCCGGAGAUCAGGUUAUGAAGCUACUUGACUCAAAGCACGUCAAUCUGGACGAUCUUGACCCGUUUAUUAUUUCGGGCUCAAAGGUCCUUGAGGGUAUGGGAACCUAUGUUUGCACCUCUGUCGGAGUGCAUAGCAGCUUUGGCAAAAUCAUGAUGUCUGUGCGUUACGACGUGGAGGCCACUCCUCUGCAAAAGAAGCUUGAGGGUCUGGCGGUUGCUAUCGCUAAACUUGGUGGUGGUGCAUCCGCCCUGAUGUUUUUCAUUCUUCUUUUCCGUUUCCUUGCCACUCUUCCCAAUGAUUUCCGCCCCCCAGCUGACAAGGCUUCGACAUUUAUGGAUCUUCUUGUUGUUGCUAUUGCUAUUAUUGCAGUCGCGGUGCCUGAGGGAUUGCCACUAGCCGUGACACUGGCUCUGGCAUUUGCAACCACCAAGCUGUUGAAGGAAAAUAACCUCGUCCGUGUGCUUCGUGCCUGUGAGACCAUGGGAAAUGCAACAACAAUCUGCUCCGACAAAACCGGUACAUUGACAACAAACAAAAUGACUGUUGUGGCUGGAACUUUUUCAGCAACCAAGUUCACCGCUCUUCCUCAGGCGCAAGACGAGAAACUUUCUGACAGAACUGUUCCCGUUACCAACUGGGCAGCAACUAUUCCAAAGGCCGCCAAGGAACUUAUUGUACAGUCUGUCGCAGUUAACUCUACAGCUUUUGAAGGUCAAGAGGACGGCCAAUCAACAUUCAUUGGGUCUAAGACGGAGACUGCACUUCUUUCUCUUGCCAAAGACUACCUUGGCUUGCAAUCACUCUCAGAGGCUCGCGCCAACGAACAAGUUGUGCAGAUGUUACCAUUUGAUUCAAGCAGGAAAUGCAUGGCGGCAGUUAUCAAACUACGGAACUCGAGCAAUGGAUAUCGGCUUUUGGUUAAGGGUGCUUCUGAAAUUUUGCUUGGCUACUGUUCGUCGCAGGCCAACCUAGAAACACUGAGCGAGGAGACACUGGAUUCUACCCAGCGAUCAGAUUUACAAACCACCAUUGACCAUUAUGCCAGCCGAUCACUCAGAACGAUUGGACUAGUGUACAAGGACUAUCCUCAAUGGCCCCCAGCUGGUAUGCCCAUGGAAGAUGGUCAUGUGAAGUUGGAGUCGCUUCUAGCUGUAUCUGAUUUGGUAUUCCUCGGAAUCGUCGGCAUUCAAGAUCCAGUUCGACCGGGUGUACCUGAAGCCGUUCGAAAGGCCAAGCAUGCAGGAGUUACUGUCCGUAUGGUCACCGGCGACAACAUAAUCACAGCAAAAGCGAUUGCGACUGAAUGUGGCAUCUACACAGGUGACGAUGGCGUUAUCAUGGAAGGUCCGGCUUUCCGCAAGCUCGGUGAAGGAGACAUGAACGCGAUACUUCCCAGGCUCCAGGUACUAGCCCGCUCAUCCCCAGAGGACAAACGGAUCCUCGUUACGAGGCUGAAGGCUCUUGGAGAGACGGUUGCUGUCACUGGAGACGGUACCAAUGACGCCCCUGCUUUGAAGGCUGCAGAUGUGGGCUUCUCGAUGGGCAUUUCUGGAACGGAAGUUGCUAAAGAGGCGUCGGCUAUCGUCUUGAUGGAUGAUAACUUCACCUCGAUCGUGACAGCUUUGAAGUGGGGUCGUGCAGUCAAUGAUGCCGUUCAAAAGUUUCUGCAGUUCCAAAUAACGGUCAAUAUUACUGCUGUCCUACUGGCCUUUGUCACCGCUAUGUAUGACGAUCAUAUGGAGCCAGUAUUGAAAGCUGUGCAAUUGCUCUGGGUUAACCUCAUCAUGGAUACUUUUGCUGCGCUUGCACUGGCGACUGAUCCACCAACCGAGAAGAUCCUCGAUCGACCACCUCAACCAAAGAGCGCUCCUCUUAUCACCAUCAAUAUGUGGAAAAUAAUAAUUGGACAAGCGAUCUUCCAGCUUGUCAUUACAAUCACUCUGUAUUUUGCCGGCCCUGAGAUACUCAAGUACGACAGGAACAACGAGGAUGAGAUGCUUCAGCUUGACACUAUUAUUUUCAACACCUUUGUUUGGAUGCAAAUUUUCAACGAAUUCAACAACCGCCGGUUGGACAACAAGUUCAACGUACUAGAAGGUGUUCAUCGUAACCAGUUUUUUAUUUUCAUCAAUCUCUUGAUGGUCGGCCUUCAAGUCGCUAUUAUAUUCAUCGGUGGCCGCGUCUUCGAUAUCAAGGAGGGAGGUCUUAAUGGAGGCCAGUGGGCUGUUUGCAUCAUUGUGGCCUUUAUGUCUCUUCCCUGGGGAGUUCUUGUGCGCAUUUUUCCUGAUGCUUGGUUCGAGAUAAUUGCGCUUUUUGUUGGUAAGCCUUUCGUUAUUGUCUACAGGCUUUUGGGGCAGGUCUUCUCCGCAAUUGGAAGUUUGUUUAAGAGGAAACAAACGACGAAGGACACAGCAAGUGAUGACAUCCCUGCUACUAUUGUUGUUGCUCCACCAGAGGAAAAAGGGCAAUAA